AGGUAUCCCCGCAACGUCUAUCAACACCAGUAUCAUCAACACUUUCACCAGAACAAUAGAAAAUAGGCCAGCCAAUCAGACGUUCCCUUUUCCAAUUUCAGAUUCUUUGAGGUAAAUUUCCGGACAAGGUCAUCAGCGCUGACUCUCCACCACUCUCCAGCACCUUGACAAAACCAUUACAGCUUCUACAACAAUGACUUCACACAGCCCACCGCCGCUUCUUCAGCUUACCCUCACUGCCCUUGACUUCAGCAACUGCCAUUACCAUCAAGGAGACAACCACCACAACCACCAGUACCACCACCUCGAACACCACACAUGCGACCAUACUCGUGUACUACUCCCCGUCCCUCACAGUUCUCGACAACUUCAGCACCGCAAGGGCCACCGCUGCAGUUUUCUGUUCCCGUAGUAUGAGGUCACUUAUGCAGCAGCAGAAAAAUAUAGGCAAAAGUGAGCGGGAAAAUACAGAGACAAACGCGGAGGAAGCACCGCAACUAAAGAAGAAAGGAGAAACUUGUAUUUACUCCUAUGUUCGCCAUCAACAACGACGGUGAUUCUCUAAAAUAGUAAUAACGACAACAAUAAUAUUCCUCGCCGGAAAAGGAACUAUUCUUGGGAACUGAAGACGAGGAGGAAACUCGAGAACUCUCCUGAAAAAGAAAAGGGGGAAAAGACAAACGGGCGAUAACUCUUCUGUGAAAAGAAGGAAGAGAAGAAGACAGUAAAGUCGUUUGUCUUGCGGUCUUGCUUUCUGUUUUGUUUAUCAAAUUUCACAUUGUGUUUUUAAUCCCUCUGUGAUUGGUAUAAGGAGGCGCGUCGGGAUGUAACUGCCAGUGUGAAUGAGACUGCAGUGCCGAGGUGUCGGACGAUCAUUUGUGGAUGUUUUUGACUUCCGCAGAGCGUCACAAAUGAUGGAAAACUGGUAUCUCCUCUGGGCGGAAUAGCCAGCCAGGGAUAGCCUUUAGGGAGUCUGGACUUACUGGAAGCCCUCCCCGGACAACCCAUUCAUCACUCACCCCCUCCACUCCCCUCUACCACUUUUGAAUGAGAAGAAAGGGAGAAAACUUUUAACUAAUCACUCAGCUUGCACCAGUCUUCCGGAGGUAGCUGGUAUUUUCUUAGAACCCUCUCACUCUGCUUGUCACACAACCGGUUCUUUCAGCUGGGAAUUCCAAAAACAGAAGAACGACGCAUGCUGACGCCAAAGUACGUUAGAAUUUCGGGUUUUCCCAAAAGUAUACUCAAGCAAGCACUACCAUCACCACUCUCACAGUAGUUGUCACUGCCGCUACUUGUUGAGUGGUGGCCAUCUUAGUAGGGAGAGAUUACCCAUACUAUGUUGCUCACCACAAUCUUGAAAUAAUAAAAGUUUGAACUCCCAAGCAGUGACCCUUACCACCAUCACCACAACCACCAGACGCGAGCAGUAGCGUCCGCAGAGGUAGCAGACGGCAAGAGUGUUGGCACUGGUCAACCUCCCACCUUCCACGAUGCAAAAGAAUAUCCGGAUAAGCGAAGGACAACUGAUGUAUCUGGCGAACAAGGCCCGGGUGGAGAACACCAUGAGUGGCUAUCUGUACAAGAGGAGUUCGGAUAUGGGCAAGUGGCAGCAACGUUUCUUUGUGCUGUACCAGAACGUGCUGUUCUACUACGAGAACGAAACUGCCACCAAGCCUUCCGGCGUGGCCAUGUUGGAGGGGAGUUACUGUGACAGAAUCAUCUCCCCUGCUGCCCUCAAAGGUCGAGAGACGGAGAAGCAGUAUUGCUUCACCAUCACCUACAAGAUCGAGGGCCAACGGCAGUAUGAUCUUCGAAGCGACUCAGAGGCUGAAUGCAAUGCGUGGAUUGAUGCCAUUAAGCGUGCAACGUACAGCAAAGUUCUUGAACAGAAAGAAGAACUGGAGCAGAAACAUCUUCACCUGCUUCAAAUUCUGGAUGUGGAAAGACAAGCCAAAUGGCAAUAUGUUCAGCAAACUGAAGAAUUGGCCUGUGAAGUCAAGAAGCUUAAAGAUGAGCUUCAAAAAUUCAAGAAGGAAAUGUGUGGCAACCACUGUAAGGUCGACGAAGAAACCGAUGACCUGAAGAAAAUAAAAAAGGUACAAAGUUUUUUCCGUGGCUGGCUGUGCAGAAGACGCUGGAAGCAGAUUGUGGAGUUGUAUAUUCGAUCACCUCAUGCUGAAAGCAUGCGCAAAAGGAACAGCAUUGUUUUCAGUAUGGUGGAAUGUGAAGAGGAGUAUAACCGGCAGCUUUCUUGUCUGGUCACGUGCUUCCUGCGGCCGCUCCGCAUGGCUGCAAGCUCAAAGAAACCUCCGAUCACUCAUGAAGACGUCAACUCCAUUUUUUUAAAUAGUGAAACCUUGUUGUUUCUGCACCAAAUAUUUUUGAAGGGUCUCACAGCUCGUCUUGAGAACUGGCCCACUCUAGUUCUAGGAGACCUGUUUGAUAUGUUGCUGCCCAUGCUUAGCAUCUAUCAGGAAUAUGUUCGCAACCAUCACUACAGUUUACAGGUAUUAGCGGAAUAUAAACAGAAAUUUGAAUUCAACAACCUACUGAAGCGCUAUGAAGAGAAGCCAGCUUGUGAAGGGCGCACUCUUGAAACGUUCCUCACCUACCCUAUGCACCAGGUUCCAAGGUACAUCAUUACGCUUCAUGAACUGCUUGCCCACACCCCACAUGAUCAUGUAGAGCGAGAAAGCCUUGAGUUUGCCAAGAGCAAGUUGGAGGAGCUCUCCAGGGUUAUGCAUGAUGAAGUCAGUGAGACAGAAAACAUCAGAAAAAAUCUGGCCAUAGAACGUAUGAUUGUGGAAGGAUGUGACAUCUUGCUAGAUGUAAAUCAAACGUUUGUGAGACAAGGCCCAUUGUUACAGAUUCUCAACGAGAAAGGCAAGUCCAACCGCGGCCGCUUGGGAUCAUUUAGCUCUUCUUUUAAAGAGAGCAAGAAAGAAGUGGUGCGCCAGGUGUUCCUUUUUACCAACCACAUCCUGCUCACCACAAGAGCUUCCAAUGGACGCCUACAUCUCGCCAAGCUUCAUCGUUGGACUCAAACCUAAGCCUGGGCAGUCAGACGUCCGCCGCCAACCUACUUCCAGUGCAGGGCGGGACAGAGCGAGAGGCCAAGGCGGACUACAAUGGUCUUGAUUUUAAGCUGAUCGUGGACUCGAAGAGCGGCCCGCCCAUCACCAUAACGCUGGUGGCCAGCACCCUCCAUGAGAAGGCCGCCUGGUGCAGUGACAUCAGUCAGUGUAUUGAAAAUUUACACUACAGUGACCUCCUCAACAGCUCCAUGAGCGAAUCAUCUUCAGUGACUAUGCCCCAGUCUGUCAGAUACAUUCACAGUACACAGAUCUGGUCUGAUCCAAAGCUUUUUCGAGAUGACGUGGAUAUAAAAUUCAGCAGAACACUCAACUCCUGUAAGGUCCCACAGAUCAGACACGCAAGUGUGGAUCGGCUGCUGGACCGCCUGACAGAUCUCCGCUUCCUGAGCAUUGACUUCCUGAACACGUUCCUGCUGACGUACCGCGUGUUCACUUCGGGCCAGACACUGCUAGAGGCGCUCAAGAAAGUAUACAAGAGCCAUGAAGGUGGAGCCCACCUCAACACCAGCCUCACAGAAGUGGCUGCACAGUGUGCAGAGGAGGAGGAAGAGGAAGCGGGCAGCCCCCCAGAGUUCACAGGAGAGCCCCCUGAGGUGGACGCUCGCUACGUCAUCAAGCCUCAGGCAGAGAAGCUGCGCAGAAUCAGCACUGGUUGCAUGAAACAGGAGGAUGCAGAGACUUCAGCGGCCAGCAGCAGCGCAGCCAGCAGCCCACGGGUCUCCUUCAGCGUGGACUCGACCCGUGGCUCUUUCCAGACCGACUCUGGCAAAGGAUUGCUGCCCCAGCCACCUCCCCUCAACCUGGCUCAGAAAUUUGAGCGAGCAGAGUCUGUGGACAGUGAUGACAGCCGGUCUGAGCUAACAGCCUUUCUCCAGCCCCCGAAGCCGCGUCUGCUGGCCCCGAUUGCAUCGUGUGAGACGCUGUAUGACCAGGAGGUUCCCGACGUCCCAGCCAUCACCCGGCAGGAAAGCGGAUCCCCAACCUACACCACAGGUAUCAUUCUUUCUGACUUUGAUCUGGAAGACGAGUCUAGUACUGACUGUCUGGAGAGUGCAGAUGAUACAAAGCUGCUGGCUCCCUCUAUGGUUUCUAGUGUUUUAGGCUCGGCUUCCACUGAGUCCCUGGUCUCUCCUUCCAGCCCACGGACUAUAACGUCGGCCAUGAGCUCGGAUACUCUCACCCCUGGGACUCCACGCACCCCCGGCACUCCCCGGGCCUCCCCACUCGUGUCACCUUUCGGCAGCCCCAAGCGGCUCCCGGGGUUGGCACUAGCAGGGAUUAAGUCAUCAGUCAGCAAACUCAACGGUGGGGGCUCCUCCUCUUCAGGGAGCCCCAAACGCCCAUCCACGCCCAGCCGUGUGAUGGAGACCUCGUGUACGCUUGACGCACUGGCGCUGUCCCCAAGCAGUAGCCCUGUGCGCAUCAUCAAGCCACGGCCCAUGUCCUCGCCGGUGCGUAUCCCAUCCCCUCUCCCACCGGGCACACAAAAGCGAGCCUCAUCCCCAGGCAGGAUUACUACAUCCCCGGCACGAUCACCUACCUCCAGCCCCAAACUCAGGCGCGCCCCAUCCCCCAUCAGCUACAGUUAUUCCUCACCCAACAUAGUUGCGCCACAGAUCAAGAUUCGGCCAUUCUCAGGAAAGCGAGGCAGCGCUGAGGCUGAGAGCAUCAGUAUGGUUUCCUCCCCUCGCAGUAGUUUUGCUCAAAUGGACGGCUCUCCUCCCACCAGAGCCAAGGCAGGCACAGUAGUGACCUCCUCCAGGGCCUCCAAGAGAAGGUCAAGCUCAUCUGCAGCGACAACAGCUUUUGCUGCAGCCACAGCAGGGUUGGCCAGUUGUGCUGAUCAGCAACAGAAGGGCAUUUCUCGCUACCUCAGUGUGGGGACAGGUACUUUAGAUGCCCGGCCCGUCAUGAAAAAGCGUGAGUCAGUGAUCAGCACUGCAGCCACCAUGCGGGUGCUCAAUGUGCUCAAGCACUGGGUAUCCAAACACCAACAGGAUUUUGAGUCUGACCCUGAGCUCAAGGCCCAGGUGGUGGAUCUGCUGGAAGAGAUGGUUGUCAACACGAACCUGCUCCCUGCGGAGCACAAGGCUGCCGCCUCUAUCCUGCGCACCAUCAGCAAGGAACCCUCACCAGAGAAGCGUGUUGACCUGGCUCAACUCCUCAUGCCCCCUUCUUCACCAUCGAAAGACAACUCGGACUCCCUGUCAGCUCUGGAUAUAGCAGAGCAGUUAACAUAUCUUGACCACCAAAUCUUUAUUGCAAUAAGAAGCGAAGAAUUGCUAAGCCAGGCUUGGAUGAAGCCAGAUAAAUGCCAUAAAGCUCAGCAUGUUCUCCAUGUCAGCAAAAGAUUCAACGAGGUCAGCCGAUUAGUUGUGUCGGACAUUGUUGGUCGCUCAAACUUACAAGACCGCGUGGCUUGCAUCGAAAAGUGGGCAGCCAUUGCUGACAUCUGCCGCUGCAUGCAAAACUACAAUGGAGUACUCCAGAUCUGUGCUGCUUUUGUAAAUAGCUCUGUGUACAGGCUGAAGAAAACCAGUGAGAAGCUGUCUAAACAAACCAAACAAAUGAUUGAAAGGCUACAGACAUUGGUUUCCUCUGAGGGCCGUUUCAAGAACAUGAGGGAUGCAUUGCACAGGUGUGACCCUCCUUGCAUCCCAUACUUGGGCAUGUACCUCACUGAUCUGUCAUUCAUCGAAGAAGGCACUCCAAAUGUUACAGAGGAUGGACUUGUCAACUUUUCAAAAAUGAGAAUGAUUGCUCAUGUGAUAAGAGAAAUCCGCCUGUUCCAGCAAACCUCCUACAAAAUUGAACAUCAUCCACGGGUUACAAGUUACCUGCUGGACCCAAGCCGGCUCUUGGAUGAGGAGCAGACGUACAAAGCUUCUCUUGAGAUAGAGCCCAAACAGUCUCGGUUGUCCGUUAUUUCCAACCCAUCAUGAGGAUUACUUCACCUUCAGCAUGGUGUUUUUUUUCCGCUAAGUUCCAACUUCUCUGGGAAGGAAAUACUUGCUCUGUAACAGAGAGGUACAGAGAGAUGACAGUGGCAGACACAAAGAAGUUGAUGGUUCCUCGAUUGGUUUGUAGGAAAAGGAUGAGCUCCCUGGACUUUGUGGUCACACCUCCACAGCAGUGGUAGGUCUCGGGGGAUUUUGUGCUGGAUUACUGCGCUGGUCGCACGGAAAAAUCUGGCUUCUCUGCUGGUGGUUAUCGUGGUGACAGAACUUUUGACGGAGGACUCCACACUACUCACCAGCAAUUGCUGUCCAGUACUGUCAUCAAGGCUUCUGGUCUUUGGAAGAACCUACUGAUGCGGCUGUGGGUUUGUCAAGUCACCAAUACCCAAGUGUUGUCAUUAGUUUCCAUCAGUUCCGGUUGUGUAUUUAUUUCUUCUGUCAUGAGUUAUUCUUUUUUUCAUAAGAGUAAGUUUUCACAUCUUUCUUUGUCUUAGUAGAAGCUAAUACUAUGCUCAUACUGAAACAGGCAGAAUAGGAGGGCUUUGAGUCUUAUCUGUCUGUGAUUAGUAGGCCUAUUGACAUACAAGUCAUAGAAGACUCACAUUAUUUUAUUCAUAUUGAUGGCUUUUUUAUCACUGCAGUAGAGUCUGAGGUCAUAAGCAACGAAGUAAGCAGAAUUCAGAGCUUGUGAAGCAGAAUGGUGGGUGUCAGGCGUCAGCCUACUGAUCAAGCAGGUUCCCUAUCUUACUAUUUCCAAAAUAGUUCCUAUUAUUUUAGUGCAUGGGGAUGAGUUUUGCUUCCUUUUCGUUCCUGCAAUGGUAAAAGGUGAAGUCACUUGCAGGGAAGUACAAAAGAUUUGUUAUUAUGGUCCUGAAGUGAAAGAAAUGUCCUCUUGAAAAUUUUGAUUGAACCAAAGAGAGGGUGAUAUAGUAAAAUAUCUGAAAGUUUCCAAAAGUCAGUAAAAACUAUCCAAAUGCACUUUUGUAAAGAUAAAAAAGUGAUGGCAUCACACUCUAGCCAAUGCAUUUGGAAAGUUCUGUAAAGAAAAGCAAGUCUCUGAACUUUGAAGACAAUUCAAUUAUUAAAGCUUAAAAGUGUAAUUUCUUGAAUUGAUUAAAUUGUUGGUACCUUUUCCACUCAGCCCUGUAAAUUCUAAAUGACCAGCCUCGAUGUGUUGCACAUUUUGAAUUUGGUUUGGAAUAUUUGAAUCUUAAACUUCUUGAGUUUUGUUAAUCCUGUCAUGAAUCCCAGGAUUAAGAUUUUCUGUUCUUUGGGUAGAGGUUUUUAAGAUCCUAUAUAUUGGCUAGGAUUGAAGUUAUGUGAGUCGGUAAAAGUGCUCCUUCAAACUUUUCUGGAUAACAUUAUCACUGGAAAGGGUUGUUCAUUAUGUGGAAUGUCACUGGGUGUGGCAUAUGUGUUCGCAGUAACUAUGUAAAAUACAUUUCCUAAAUCUGUUGUCUGUAAAGCUGUAGAUUUAUAUUUUUACACAUAACUUUUUUCACUUUUGAACUUUACAAGGGAUUAGUGGUUGAAUCUUGAGUAAAUAGUAAUUUCAAAUGUUCAUGGGAAUAUUCAAGAAAUAAUGCGAUAUCCAGCAUGCUCCUUAACAUUCUAAUCAGUUUAAAAGCAGUGAAAAAGACCAAGUUGUGUCUAGAAAUUUUACUGCUGCAUUAAUAUCAAACAUGUUUAGGAAAGUUAAAUGAUUUGUAACCAGCAUUGUAAUAUCAUGGCUAGGCUCUUUGUCUAGCACAUAAAGGACUCGAGUUCAAUUCCCUCAAUAUGUAAUUGAAUAUCUCCGCCUUUCUGUUGGGACAGCUGGAAUUAACCCUGGCUGGCAAAGUGGAAGCAGCCUGCCCCCGCCAACAUCUGAACUGUUGAUGGGGGUCAUUUGUUGUGCUUGAAAAAAUAUACAUUGGCUUCUGCCUCAUACUGAGGAUGCCACAGAAUGUUGGAAGUAACCUUUUUUUUUUGUCAAAGUGACAGGAGGCCAGCCUUGUAAUAGAAUCUUUUGCUCUUUUUUUUUUUCACUCAAAAGAUGAGAGUUUCAAUCCAGUAGCUUUCUUUUCCUGACUUCACAUUGUUUUCGAAAAGUAUUUUUUCCUCUACUUUUUAUCUCUGAUAUGUUCUCACUGACUGUUGCAGAGAGAAGCUUGUCAUCACACUUGAAUUCUGAUGGCCUAUUAGGAUAAGAAAGUAAAAACACAAAUGAAAGAAUGGUGGUAAGUUUGUUUGCCAAAGCCAUGAGACACUCAACAAAAGCUAUCAUUCUUCCUUCUCUUGAUGAAAGUGUUUGAGAUCAGAUAGGCAGUUCUGUCUGUGAUGGUCAUGGAGUGGAAGCUUACAGCAGGAGAUAUAGCUUCCUUUUAUCCCUGUAUACUUUGGUUUCACUUUGAUGGAGCGAAUAUCUUCCAACCCAGUAGCUGUAGCUUUUUCAAGGGUUUGGGAGCUUGCUAAAAUUACUGUUUUGUUUCUUGGAUCUGUUUGUAAUCAGUGCAGUUUUAUGGCCUUUCUCCCAACCACGAUGAAACCCGGCAAGAAACUGCUCAAACGUUUACAUUUAUUUGCUUGUAUCCAAGCCUUUUUUAUUUCUGCAAAGUUUUAUAUUUUCCCCUCUCUUUAGUGAUGGCUGUUUCCGUUUCUUGAGUUUGAUAUUUUAUUAUGCAUUUUGUACUUUUGUUGUUUGUGCACGAGCAAGUUUGUUCCCCCCACUCCCCUCACUCCACCCCCAAAAACUUUGGGAGGUCCACUGCAAUAUGCUUCCCUCUCUUGAAAGUUGAUCUGCCGUUGAAAUUUAUUUCAUGCUAUUUUAUGAUUACUGGAAAGCUUGUUUUUUCAGUGUGCCAUUGAUUUGCAUAAACUCUUUCCUUUCCAGCUUCUCACUUUUCCUGAUGCUGAUGGAAGAACAGACUCUCCAGGCAUUCUUCGUUGCACACAUGUCAUUUUUCGGAGUCAUCCCAUUAAAAAGUUUAACCUCAUUUUUAUUGAUGGGACCUUGUGACUUUACUUCUUACCAAUUUAAUCAUUCCACGUUUUGUUGUUGUAAUUGUUGAUGGGUUUUUCUGUUGUUUGUUUUUACAAGCGAAGAUACUGCCGCCAUGUUCAGUGAAGUUCACCAACACCCUCACCACUACCAUUUUUGUGCUUAUUGUGUGUAAGGGACUUGAAAAAGUUUUCAUUUUGGUUGUAUCUUUUGAGAAUGGAUUAGAUGAAGAUGAUGUAUGAAUGUAUUUGAUGUCUUGAUAAUGUCUUUGCUUCCGAAGGGUAAGCGUUCCCCGACACAAAAUACUCACUCUCAUUCCCGUUUGUCAGCGACAUGUUCUCUACUUUUACUCUGUAUUCUCUAUGUGAACAAGGGAUCUGCCUUGCAAGUCAGUGUAUGGCCCUAUGAAGAGGACAAACUCUGAAAAAUAUAAAACCCCCAACAAAAAGGACGAGACUAGUCCUCUCCCCUCACCCCACCCUCCCAAUCUAAAAAUGAACAUAACAUUCUGAACUCUGCUCGUACCACUAAGCUGUCAUCUGGACAAGAUCUGUUCAGAAAAUCUAUUAUCUCACUUGCUUGGUGAUUUACCAAACUCUUCUUGUACCCCCAUACCUGUCAGACAUACGAGAACAGCUCCUUUCGCCUGUCCAAAACGUAUACAAAUCCCUGAACUGUUAUAAGGAACGUUUGAAGACCUGUGCCCACUAUAAUGUGGCAUUGAACCAAAGGCCAAAGCUCAAAGGCUUUUGGGUUGAUAAUAACAAUUACAUUGUACUCCUCACACUGUCAUGGAGGUACCUGUAUUGCAGCUUGUUUAAGUUCAAAUACAUUGAAACGUUUUAUUACUUAUCCUGUGGAUGUCAUAUAGAGGCCUCGCUUCUUUAUUGACCCACAUUGGGUUGAGAGUGAUAUGAAAUUUAGAAUCCAACUCGUUAUAUUCUAGAACAAAAAUGGCUUUAAUGUGCGUGAAUAAACCAUUCUUUGAACAGGCUUUGUAGGAGAUCAGUUUGUCACCUAGUCAGACAGAGUGAGGCGGGCUCACAAAAUAAAUUACUUCACAGAUUUUAGCCCUAUGGACAAGUUAUGUCAGAAUUAUGGGUUAGGUUUGAACAAUUAAUUGUAUGAAAUGAAAAAAGACAUUUUACCUUAAAGAAAAUGGUAUUAGUUGAAAAUCUACAAAUUUGAUGUGUUGAUUUUUGGCUGACAUCUCCACUCGUGGACUGCGACAUCGGCAAGUAACUAAUUUUGUCAGCAUGCCUCACAACAUAGGUCUGCCCUAAAGCUUUUCUGUCAUCCUGAUUUGCAUGUUUUUGCAGGUUUAGUUUCUUAUAUUUAUUAUAUUUCUAAGGAAAGUGGUAAAGGAAGGAGAUGAUAAAAUUUCAAAGAUGAAGAGGAUAUAUAUUUCGAAGUACUAUAUGUGAUGCUCUUUUCUUUUAAAAUGCAUGCCAUGGGUACCUUUCUGAAGUUUGUCUCAAGAAAAAUUUAACCUGAAUUAAUGACAAAUAAUCUGAGCCAUAUGCCAAUUAAAAGUGCCAAUACUAACAAAACCAAUGUAGUCUUGUGCAUUCUUGAACAGCAAACUAAAUUGUAGUGUGUCUUAAUUUCUGGAUUGGAGCUUUGUUAUUUGUUUUUGUGUUUUUGUUUCAAUAUCUUUAUACUAUUCCCUUUACCAUGUUAUUACAGCAAAUGUAUAAUUAUUUACCCUUUAGUCACUUUUCUUAAAACCCUAUUCUAGUCAGAAUAUUGGCUUUCAAAUACACCAAUCUUUACAUGUAUUGUAUUAUUUCUAUGUUUCUUUUGCUUGGCCCAUGUUUCUUUUCAUCUGUCAUGGAACUCUAAUUAGUGCACUCUGGGCUUUGGUCAGGUUCUAUUUACAUCCUGGCUUUUACUUUUGUUCCUUCUCAGACCAAAGACCACAUCAAUAAUAGUGGAGAAACCUUAACCUGUUCUCUUUCUGCAGCAUGGUAAAGGCAGUGCUCAUUGUAAAGCCACUGGCAUCCUCAUUUUGCAAUUAAAAAUUGUAUAACAGCUUAUGUCUGAAUGAAGCAAAUGGUAAAAUGACUGGAACAGGGAUGGGGCAGGGAGGGUUGAAAAGCAAAAGGAAAGUUAUAGUACAGUAUGGUGUGUCUUCAGAUCUGUUUUGUUGAUCGAAAUGACUAGUUGUUUCAAACUUGACCAACAUUGUUUUAAGGUUGAACCAAAGAAGGUUUGGAAUUUUUCCCGUUCUACCUGAUACAUUUCUUUCUGUUCCCGGUGACCUGACAAGGAUCAAGUGUCUGCCAUCGAGUUUGUAUUGUACUGCAGGAUUGUAGGCUUCAACAAUAACCAGAAACACAAUUUAUCGUAUCCUUCACAGUCCGAAAUUUAUAUAUAUAUAGAGAGAGAGAGAGAGUGAGAGAGAGAUUGACACUUUUCCAUCUUAUUUUUCAGAGAUUUAGAGGAGCAUUAGAUAAAAGUAAAAUUUUCCUUUCAGCAGAUACAGUCUCUUGUGCUGUGAAGAUUUCCAGUUUCCAUGUUUGCUCAUGUUUUUCAUAAAGACUUCAGUUUUAUCCCCUUACUUUAAGACACAGGGUCAGUUCAUGCUUCACUGGGCACAGUUUGGGAUAGGGGAAAAGAGUUGCUCUAGAUUAAGUAGUCAGUUGCCUAUGAUUAGACCUGGUUUGUAAACAGUACUAAGUAUCUCUUAAAGGAAAAAGGUUUCUUUGUACUGAAAAAAAUAUAGCUGAAUGUGAAUCUGCGAUUAUAUGUUUUACGAAAUGCAUCUAAUAGAACCAGUAUGCAGAAUGCAACCUCUGAUAGACAGCAUUCUUCGUAAUGGUCCACACGCUUUGCAAGGCAUGAUGAACGCUGUAUGUCACAGCAGCAUCUUGGCUCCUUCAAAUAUUAGAAAAAAUGACGAACAGUUAUGUCAAUCAUUAUGGAUCAUGAAGGGGUUAAGAAUGAAAGAGCGAAAGCAGCAAUUGUGUCACAUUUGAGAGUCUCAAUUUUUAGGGAGGCAGAGAAUGAAAAAUGAAUCCACAUUUUUCUUCCUUUUUUUUUCUUAAAACUGAGAAAGCGAGGAAAUGUAGAAUUUUGCUUCGUUUGAGUGUGCAGUAUGUUUCCCAGUUUUACUAUUUGUUUAUCAUGGACACACAUAACAACUUACAAAUAGGUACCUUCUGCUAUUCAAACAAAAAUCUGGUACAGAUUUACCUCUUCUUCUCUUUUAUAGCAUCCACUUUUUUCAGUGGACAUUAUUUUUUUCACGAAAACAGAAAGAAGAUAUCAGAUCAUGAUUCAUUCUGUGCUCUGUUCAGUAAACACAUGAGUAAAAGAUCAAUCAACUUGCAAUGCUGCUUUAUUUGUUGGUCUUCCAGCAAACAGAUUUUAGAAUAGGAUGGUUGGAAAUAAAGUAUGUGCUUAUUUUAAGCAGAAAGACAAACAGUUACUGCUUUAUGGUAACUAGACCAGAGUUCUUUCUGGUUUUGAUUUAUUUAAACAUAAACAAGAAAAGUAAUGGGCCCUCCAGGUGAUGCUGAGGGUUGUUUCCCCUCUCUCAUACAGUCACGCCUUUGGUAUGAGUGUUCAGCUGGUAUUAGAUGGCAUGAAAAAAUAUUUUUAACGAUUGGUGGGCAGUCGUUGAACAAGUUCUUUACAAACUAGGUGACGGUCAUCUUGCCGUCUAGGUCUGAUGGAAAAGGGGAUAGGGAUUUGUUUUUGUUUUCCUAAAGGGGGGAUAGGUGUGUGUGUGUGGGGGGGGGGGCUUUUGAAAUGGACACUUUGGGGGCAAAUUAUGGUACCUGGGCUCUCAUCUGAGCCUAAAACUAGCUCUGAGAAAAUCUGGAGAGUGCACAUUUUUACCUUAAAUUGUCUUUUAAAACUCUAGGGUAGAGCAGAAAUGGUAUAAGUAAGUUGAUAAAACAUGGUCCCUUUUUUCAUCUACUUUUUAUUUUGUAUUUUAUUCCAGUUAUAUUUGUUUAACUUGUCGUGUGCAUCAUUGCCUAACAUUGUAGCCUACUGGUGGAUAGAUGCAUUUGUUAUUGAGUUAUAAUGGAUGAUUGGGUAAUCACAUUUUGAAGUGUGAAGGGGGGAGAUAGGCUACUUUAUCUGCCUAUAACUUUUUUCCUAGUCCCAAUAUUCAAGAGCCCAACAACACACAAGUUUGUUUUGAGUAUAUCUAUCAGUUUACCAAAUGUGAAUAGAUUUGGUAGGAAAACACAAAUAAUUUUCGUUGUUUUAUGAAAGUUGUUUUUCAAUAUUGCCAUCCUUACCUUGUUAAUGUUGGAUUUUUAUUUUAAAAAUUCAUGUUGCUUUUUAAAGUAAAGAUGAUUCUCUGUAACACUUCUCCUUGCAAAAAGGUUUUACUUGAGGGUUCAGUUUCCAAGAUAGGUCUGAAAAAAUACCCCCCACUACUAUAAGGGCACGGUAUUGUUUUUCAAUAGUUUUUAAGGUACACUGUUUUUAUUUUAGAGCAGUCAUAUGUUCUAGUUUGACUCCUUUGGAAGUAAGGGAUCAUUUAAAAUUGUGAAGAAGCUGAUGAUAAGUUUUAACCACAGUAUGAUGGUUUUUAGCUCCACUUUUCUAUUCUGGUUUUCUGUCGUUUUUUUACUUCCACUAUUUUCUCAUAGGUGUAAGUUCUAGGCAGCAAAGCUGACAUCUGGGGGGGGGGGGUUUGCAUUACAUGGUUUUCUCUCAACUCUCCAAGAUAUCUACAUGUAUGAAGCUUCAAGUGAGAUAUUGAGCACCCUUUAUUUUUUAUUUUUUGCUUUUAUUCAAGUUGACCUGUGCAUUUGACAAAAUGUAGGUCAUUUCAAAAGCAGAGAAUGUAGUCUUACUUUAAGGAAACAAGAGUUGAGUUGAAAGUAUAGAUAUUCAAGGUAGGAUGAGAAAAGCCUGGACUCUUCUGGCAAUCAAACACCUUGCUCAGACUGUUGGUCAAGUUUGUUGUCUGCUACACAGAAUGAGACACAGAGAUUAGAUGGCAAAGCAGCCUCCAUCUUUUUUGUUGCUUUUUUUGUUUGUUUUAUACAAAGGGCUCUUUCCAAUACAAUUUAAUAUGUUUGUUUUUUGUAUUUUGUUACUGCAUAUUUAAUAUGUGUCAACUUCUUUAAAAACCAUAUUUUCCGUGUCAGUCGUUACUGCAGCACUGGUGGUUUUGAAGACUGAUUUGCAUGGUCUCCUUUUUCUGUGAUUCUAUAACUAGAUUACAGGGGAAGUUGAAUAGAAGUUCUUGAGCCCAACAGGCUUGAUUUGUAUACAUAAAUUAUAUGUACUAUUUUUCUACUAGGACAUAACGCCCUUCAAUGUUCACAAAGCCAUUUCCUACGUUUCUUUUGAUUGUUUGCACCUACUAGAGCAUUUUUCAGUUUUGGGUAGAAAUUCAUUUUGAAAUUUCAGACUCUUACGUAAAAGGUGGAAAUUCAAUCCAGAGUGCAGUGAGCCUCUCUUCCUCUUUACUCAAACACCUUCCCAGGGCUUGGUUCCUUGGCAUAUAGGCCAAGAGGUUUUUUUGUCUCCUAGAUGACCUAUUUUCUGGCUAUUGUGGCAUUAACCCUGACAGGAUGAAACGAACCAUUUUUGUUGUCUAUACGCAGUGCUGACCAGUUGAAUGGCAAGCAUGUAUACCAAAGCUCUCUAAGCAGUGGUGCAGAACCUGUUGUAUGAUUUUCCCCCACUUACAGCUCAUGUAUUUUCAUUCCUUUAUGUAUACUCUCUACCCAUUCCAUGCCGCUGCAUUCAAAUUGUUCUAAAAUUGUUUGCUUGUCAUGAUGAUGUACCCAACUCGCCAUCCGGAUUUCUCUUGAGUAACUCGCGGGUCUGUUGUUCUCUGUUGUUUCUGUUGUUGUGAUUUAUAUAAUGAAGUGAUUUUUUUUAACAGUGUAUUGAGUCAUGUUUCCAUUUUAAUCUCUAAGUCGUUUAUCUACCCAUACAGUAACCGCACUAAUUUUAGUGGUUUUCUUUGUGGGGAUUUAAAUCGCCCAAUUUUUAUUUAUAACGUAUUAUUGUUUUCUUUCUAAACUUGCUCAUACUAAUUAUCUCUAUGUGUGUCAAUGCACACUUGGUCAUCAGUGGUUAUCUCAACAUUUUCUAUAAAAUGUGUUCAGUGUGAAUGAGAUGGAAGAGAGCAGCUGUGAAUGAAGUUAGAAAAAACCUUCCGUUGGUUUGACUUUUAGGUGCUGUGUUAAGUCAGGAAAAAGGACAUUAGGAACAGUGAACUUUUCAGGAGAGCUACCACCACUGCCCUGGAUUUGGUAUGUUGUUGAGCGAGGGCACUUCUCUGAAAUUUCUACAUACUCUUUAUAGUCCUCAUUUUGCCUAGGCCAAAGCAGUUUUUGGCUAUUCAGUUAGGAUUCUAGAUAAGGCUUGGUAGAGAAAGGGUUAUCAUUAGGUCUCAAACAUAAAAUCUGCUCCCUUAGAUUCAGGAAGUUGGUAUGGUAAAACAGCCUGUUAACUGUUUUGUAUUACCAGUAUAGCAGGGUUUCUUUUCUUGUACUAUAAAUAGAAUUUUGGGACUUUUUCACUUUUGCUGUAGUUUUAAGGUUGACUUAGGUAAGCACUGUGUUGAAGUUUUUCCAGUUCAGCAAACUUGGGCCAAUAUGUAAUUACUGUGAAGAUAUGGAAAAAGUAGAGCUCUGCUUACCUUAUCUCUUUGUUCCUUUUUCAACCUCUGAGGCCAUUGUAAAAGAAUGUGAGGGUUUCUCCCUAGUCUGCAUGAUGACUCUUGCUACUUUGAGUCAAAAGAUUCUUGGUCUUACAAUGCUUUAUCGAUUUGAGUGGAACUUUUUGACUGAUUGCAUGCGAAAUACUGGAUGAAGGCUAUACCAACUUUCUAAGUUUCAUAUUAUAUUCAGUUUUUUUUAUUGAUAUUGCUAUUCGAAUAUUGUGUGAAAUGAAUAUAUUGUGGGUUUCAUUUUCAUGUGGUGCACUUGUUUUAUUUGAAACACAGUGGUUUUAUUGUAUUGAGUGUAGGCAUGUGUGUGUGUGUGUGUGUAUGUAUGCAGUUUCAUUCAUGUAAAAACACCACACGACUAAUCGUAAAAACUGGCUAGAACCAAAUUCAUAGACAUAUUAUAAGCAAGCUGUGACAGUGGAAGACCCACACUGAACCCCCUUUGUAUUCAAAUUUUGUAAUGUUUAUUUUUCAACAAACUUGUUUACACUUUCCUUUGGUCUUGUUGUUGUUGUUGUUGUUAUUGUUGUACAACUUGCUGUUCUCCUGUGCGCAUUUCUGAACUGAAUCCUCCACCAAACUUUGUAUUUGCUGUCAUCAUAUUGUCAGAGGAGAAAGGAGAAGAAAACACCUUCCCACCCCACCCCUCCCCCUUUUCCCUUCCCUGCGAAUGUUACUGCUUCGUUGUGUUCCCCCCAUCCCUGCCUCUAUGGUUGUGUGUAUACCUGAUGGUCGCCACAGUACGGCUGUGCUACUGAGCCCUCCUCCUCCCAUAGGAAGAUGCGCAAGUAUGUGUACAUAUACCUUUGGACAUGUGAUAACAGAAUAAAUUAUUGGACCAUGACUCAAAAUGUUUGAAACUAUGACAAAAAUAAAUAGAAAAUAUUACUGACACCAUA